AUGGCUGGGAAAGUGUCAAAAUCUGCGGACACCGGCAAAAAAUUCAGAACGUACUGUCAAGACACAAAAAAGAGAAUUGAUAAGUUGUGUCUCAAGGAAACGAUGACUCGUGAGGAGAUGGCAACUAAGAAAGUGGAUAAAACAGAAGGAUAUACAUUCUUUAUGGCACCAAUUGGUCUUGCCGCGAAACACGCUGCGGAAUGUUCGAAUGCUCGUUGCAUUCGUAAUUAUUGCUACAGUUUGAAGCGAAUUUUGAAGCACUAUUUGGAAUGUUUCCAUUUGGAUUGUUUGGAAUGUAAUCAGUUCAAUUUGGUCAUUUAUGAGCAUAUGAUUCUUUGUGACGACCGACGAAAAUGCAAAAUUCCCGGAUGUUUGGCGAUUGGAAGAGCCAACGGAAAGGUCAAGGAUACUGCUAAUGAUGAUGUCAGGUUUUCAGACACUCCAAGCACGUCAACAUCUAACGAUCCAGAAGUUUAA